CAUUACACAGGAAAGUUUUCAAAUAUGAAGCUUUACUUCGCCUUGAUUUUGUUGAUAGUAUGCUUAGCAUAUUAUGGAGAAGCGAAACAGGGACGUGUCAAGUGUAGUGCACAAUGCUGGGAGAAAGGAAUUCGGUGCCAAAACGGAUGCAGAAACGACAAAUGUAGGAAAAACUGUCAAGCUGAGGUUCCCGUAUGUAUACGUGAUGUAUGCAGAGUAAGUGAACACGUCGACACUUUCGAAGAACAUCAACAACAUGACUAAUCCGUGUGCAGUUAACAUGAGAAAACUUAACUCCUAAUUCAUGGAUAAAAAAUAAUAAUUGUCUCAAUAAAAUUUCUUUACAGUUAUAUUCGACUUCUUUUCAAGUUUCCUGUUGUCAAUGCCUGUUCUAACGUUUCACUACUUCUGAGCAUCUACGCAAUAAUACCAAGAUAAUUCACG